AUGGACGAAUCUCACCUCCGCCAGAGCAUGUCUCAUCAUCCGUCCCCGUUCAACUCUCCCCAGCUUCCACACUCGCAUAUUCCAUCCACGCUUUCCUACAAUGAAGCAACCACCACCGCUCUAGAACCACAAGCGCCCCAACACCGUACCGGCAACACCAGUGAUGAAGAGGGUCAACCGCCGCCACGAUACACGCGCGAGAAUGAUCCCUUCCAGCUUGCCUCGAAGAUAAAGACCGAUGAAGAAAUCCGACAACUCCAUCCGCAAGCCAACACGGCCCGUAAACGCGACAGCUGCGCCCCGGGAGGACUCCUCCACGCAACUAAGAACCCCAAGAAGGCAUUGAACACAGCCAUCUCGUCCAGACAGCUACAAGGCUUCUACCACUCGCAAAAUGAGAACAUCGAGCGCAUGCUGAAACCCGUCGAAGAGCACGUCCGUGACGCCCGCGAAAUCAGCCUCAACAACCAACUCAAAUACAAAAUCGCCGUAUACGGCAGCUUCGCCGCGAACAUCAUCCUCUCCGUCCUACAACUCUACGGUGCCAUCGCGUCGGGCUCUCUCUCCCUCUUCACAACAAUGGCCGACGCCGUCUUCGACCCCAUGUCCAACCUUACCCUGCUCCUCUGUAACAAGGCUGUUAACCGCGUCGACCCCCGCAAGUUCCCCGCCGGCAAAGCCCGCAUCGAAACAGCCGGCAACAUCUGCUUCUGCUUCCUCAUGACGGCCGUCUCGUUCAUCAUCAUCGCCUUCUCCAUCCGUGAACUCGUCCAGGGGUCCGAGUCGGAAACUGGCGAUUUCCACCUGCCCUCCGUCAUCGCUGUUAUCGUCGCCUUCUGCACCAAGUUCGCCCUCUUUGUAUACUGCUUUGCGCUGCGCCACCAGGUCUCCCAGAUCCGCAUCCUCUGGGAAGAUCACCGUAAUGACCUUUUUAUUAAUGGGUUCGGUAUCCUGACCUCCGUCGGUGGAAGUAAGCUGCGCUGGUGGAUUGAUCCUAUGGGCGCUAUUAUUCUCUCCGUCUUGGUCAGCUGUCUUUGGCUUUAUACUGCCUAUCAUGAGUUUCAACUUUUGAUUGGUGUCACUGCUGAUACUAAAAUGCAGCAGCUGAUUACCUAUAUCUGUAUGUCCUAUUCCCUUUUCAAUUUUGCCCUGCCAGAGUCGAAUGCGCACGUGCUAAUAGAGAUUUUCCAAUCAGCAAUGACCCACUCCCCCUUCAUCACGGCCAUUGAUACCGUCCGCGCUUACACCUCCGGACCCCGUCUGCUCGUUGAAGUCGACAUCGUCAUGGACCCUAAUGAUUCCCUCCGCGCGACUCAUGACGUCGCCGAGGAACUGCAGAUGAAGCUAGAGUCCUUGCCUGAUGUGGAGAGGGCGUAUGUGCAUGUUGACUAUGAGACGACGCAUAAGCCGGAGCAUUUCCUGAAGAAGGAAUUAUAG